AUGUCUCUGCUUCUCAACCAUCAUCCCUCGAAGCUUUGCUUUCGGAAACCAGUGUUGGUAAGAUCCUAUCCACGUCCCUCUGAUGCCUUCUCACCUUCCUUUAUUCAAAUGCCUCCUUGUUCUAUCGCCUCCAUCAAACCUUGCGGACCCGAUCUCGGAGAACUAGUGGUUCACAGUCCCAGGGGCGACCCCGAAUUCUUGUCAAAGAAGGUGCCUCUGGAGUUGGUUACUCGUGACCCAAUGAUAACGAUCGGUGCAUCUCACGGCUGGGUAGCGACUCUCAAGAAGGACGGCGUAUUGCGUCUCCAAGACGAUCUAAACCCGCAUGCAUCGUACACGGACCCGAAACGCAUCCCGCUGCCUCCUCUUGAGAGACUCUGCGUCGUUGUCAAACCAAGAUCGUCACCAACGUGGCAAUGUCCUCAUCUUCUCCGGAGGAUGAAGACUGUGUCGUGGCUGUCAAGUUCUUGGGUCCUCAGCUGA